UGGCGGCUCAUCCAGCGGGGAGCACAUAUGGCAAGCUGGCAACACUUCCCUCUCCAACUGCGAGGAGUGACGCCAGUGUCAGAUCAGACAAAGUAGAAGGUGCACGUGCGCGCCUGCUCCAUCUUUCUGACACGUGUACAAUGAACAAAUUACGUAUUUUUGACUUAAGGAAGGAAUGUCUGUGGAUACUCUUUGCAUACGCCACACUUGCCGGAGCCUUGAUGUGUCAAGUGAACGAGCCAUCGGAUGAGUCAGGCUCGGGCAAUGGCGAGAAUCAGGCGUCCUUCAUCACGUGUCCCGGCCCGCGCGACCCCGCCAACCACACCGCCUGCUGCUACGGGGACGAGGACGGCCAGCCCGGGAACGUGGGGGUGCCGAAGUGCUGCCUGCCGCUGCCUCCUCCCCGCGGCCUCUUCUACAUCGAUGACCAACUGGCAAUGAUCAUCGCCCUCAGCGUGACAACAGUGUGUGUCAUCUGCACCAUCAUCAUCAUUGUGUGCUGCUUCUGGUCCCGCUGUCCUCUCUUCACUGCCUGCAGGAUACGCUACCACCAGGACGACAUCAUAGCCUAUGCAUCCAAGGACGAGGAGACGGCUGGGCUGAAUGACAUGCCACCUGAGGAGACCAAGGGUGUCAACGUGUACUCGCCCAAUGCAGUCAAGGUUACCAUGAAGGACGACGUGUAGAACCCAGUGGUGUUUCACUAAGAGGCACAACAUGAAGCACAAUAUUGAUGCCCCCUCAGAAGCACACCUUAUCAAUUAUGUUAUGUUUAGUAUAUGUUUGUCACUUUUUUUAUGCGUGGAUUUAUGUUAUAUUUUGUAAUGAAAUGUUUAAGUUUACCUUUAUGAAGUUACCGUUUGCACAAACCUACAAACAUUAAUUUCAUUUUCUGUAAUCAUGCACAAGCUUACAGAAUAUGGGCUUUGAGGAAUUUAAUAAGUGUUAAUAAUGAGAUUACCAAUUGUAUGGGUAAAUCUGCUAAUCAACACCAUGUUGCUAAACCGUUUGAAUGAAAUUUUAUAUGGCUCAUUUUAGAUUCUUUACAAUUUCAGCAAGUGAUGUUUAUAAUGACCGGCCUUAAGUACUCUGUAUGAAAAAUGCCCAGUAAACAAAACUAAUGAAGUUCUGUUGAGCAGUGCGUUUUCACUAAUGUGAGGGUGUUCAAGGGACGCUAUUUUAAUUAGAUAAAUUUGUGCCAAAAUACGUAAAUUAUAUUACAUUAUAUAAGGCAGGCGCAUCAAGGGUGGAAGAAGUAAAAAAAAAAAAAAAGUAGUGAUGCGAAAAUGUAUAGGGAAGUCUUAUGUUUGAAAUAUCAUAGUUAAGAAAACUGAGAGGAAAAAGAUCUGGCAGGUAACCCAUUCAGUGGUACAGACAGUUUACAAUCUUCCCAAAAUUCUCUCUUGGUAGUUACAAAAGAGAUACUAAACUGUAGUGGAUAUAAGUAAUUUACUGUUCCCUGAUUAUGAAAAUAUCACCCUAAACCUGAUCAAACUUUCCAGUAGUAUCCAGAGUGUAAUGAAACUGAUGCUGUAAUACUGAAAGGGUUAAGUAAAGGUCAUUAUAACUUGGUCCUUGUUAAAACUACCAUAGCAUUUUGAUACUGAUGUGAAAGAAAAUUACAGUAAUAAUUUCAAUAGAAGACUGUCAAAAUUAGUCUUUAUUUAUCUUAUUUAUUUUGUGCUUUAGGAAUGUUUUCAUGGUUAUCAAUAGAGAAAUAUAACAAAGAGGGCAUGAUAAGAUACUUGGCAUUCCACCCCAUAUCAGUAAGAACAGGAUUGAAGUAAUAGUGUCAACUUCUUGUUUAUUUGAAGUUUAAUGCCUUUUAAAAUUUAAUACCAAUCUGCUUCCAGGCUGCUCAGAUAGGAAUAGGAAAGCCAGUAGAUUUUUUAUAUAACAUAGUAAUAUGUAACAAUUUAGCUUCAGAAUAUGGGAGUGAUUAAUAACUAGUAAGUGAAGACACUUGUGCCUCAGUUAGGGAGGAAUCUCUUCUGAACUGAGUGAAAAUGUCUUGCUUCAGUAUGGAGUAAUUGCUUAGCAACCAGAUGAAAGUUGCUUUGUCUCAUGAUUUGAAAGUAAUCUCUUAACAAAUGAAUGAAGACAGUUUUACAUCAGUUUGAGUAAUCUCUUAGGAACCAAGUGAAGGCAGUUUUGUAUAAAUUUACUGGUAAUUUCUUAAUGAAGAUUAGUAAGAUUUUCUAAGGUGUUUUGAUGAUGUUGAUAGUUUAACAAGUAUUCUAUAUAAUCACUGGGAAACUGAUGAGAACUCUAUCUCUAUGAAGUAAUCCUUAUUAAUGCACUAGGCAUUUAAAGAUCCAAGCCCUAGAUUACUGCCUCAAGUACUUGAAAUGUCACAAUGUCGUCAAGUCUCACAGUCAUCCAUGGAAUGGUUAUAGCAUGUGUUGGUUUUAAUUACAUACAAGUUCAGAUAUAAAGAAUUAUGUUCAACUCUUUGCAGAAUAUUUGUAUUACCAACAAUAUAUUUACAGAUGUUUAUACUAAAGAUACUAAUCAGGUUGGCUGAUGUAGUUUUGCCCUAAAACCUUUUCUAAUACAAGGAAGGUGAACUUACAGAAUGAGGCAGAGUUCCAGAGCUUGCAAGUUUAUUUAUAAUGUUAUCAUGUAAGUUUGUGAUCUGACUGUGACUUGCCUAUGAUGUGAUGUCCCAAAGUGUCAUAAUUUUCUCAGGACUGAGCACAAACCAUCAUUGCCUCUUGCUAGACAGGAAAUAGUAGGACCAGUUUUAUAUGGUACUUCUCUUUGGAGAUCUGAAGUACUGUAGCUCACUUGCAGUGCCUCCUCACUCUUCCUCCAUGAACUGCCUGGAGAUGUGGAUGCGUAAUAGUGUAUUUAUUUUUUUACAAACUCUUUCUACAACAUUUUACUAUGAAUAUCUCAUCAGCAGCAAGAGAAGACACUUUUUUACAUCCUGAUGAUAGAUAGAAGGAUUACUUACCUGUGAAAUAUUUUUUUUGUAUCCAGCAGUAUUCCAUCAGUGAUAAUUGAUUAGCAACUCCUAGUAGCAUUGAUGUACUACCUAAGUACAUUUCAGCCUCACUUUGUGAACAGAGUCCAUCAGUGCAGUGUUUAUAGAUUAUGACAGAGGAGAUAUUCCUUCAGCCUAUAUAUAGAGAAAGAGAAAGAGAGAGAGAGAGAGAGAGAGAGAGAGAGAGAGAGAGAGAGAGAGAGAGAGAGAGAGAGAGAGAGAGAGAGAUACCAUUAGUAGUAGUUUGAAAAAAAUAACUGUGUGAAUGCAUGCACAUAUAUAGUACACGUAUGUAAAUGUAUGCUCUAGGUUGUGUGCAAUCAUUUAGAACUAGUAUAUUCUCUAUUUGUAUUGGAGUAGAGAAACUAUUCGUCUACUUUAUACGGCUGUUAAUAACUUAAGUGUGAUGCUUAGUGGGUAUCCUUGAUGUUGCAUCCUUUGUAGCAUUGCAAAAUAGCCCUUGCUCAUGAGGCAAAUUUGUUUCAGUCCAGCGAAUAACAAUUCCAUCCUGAAGGAAUCUCAUGUAUUUGUGCUAGAUUCUCUUCAUUAUGUUAUGGCAAGUCUCUUGCCUUUAAAUACAAAAUGCCAUGGAUGCUGUCAUAAUUCAUGUAAUACAGCUGAUAAUAAGGAAGGUAUUGCAUCACUGGUUGUUCAUCUUUGUACAUCAUGCAUGUCCUGUAUUAUAUGAAAGACUUAUUCAUAAUGUUUGAACAGUAAAAUGCAUCAUGGACAACCACCAGUUCCUAUUGUGACAACAGGAAUUGGUGGCUGUAACUGUAGUAAAUUUAUCAAUUUAUCAAUAAGGUUUAUGCUCAAACUUCUAAGACAUAAAGUCUAGAAACUGAGCAUAUAUAUAUUUUUUUUAUGUAUAUGUAUCUUAUUUUCAACCUAACAAAAGUUUUGUAUCCUCAAGACCUUAAUUCAUUUUGUUCAAGAUGCACAAGUGAUUGAGUCCAAGAACUUUGAGUACCAUAUGUAUACCACUAUAGAUUUAGACAUUGUUGUAACAAGUCUGGUGAGAAAUAGUAAUUCUUUGCUGUCAUGAGAAAUGUGCAUUAAUUGAGUUUUCAAAUCUGAUAAUGACAGUUGUUUUCACAAUUCAUGAAGAUGAAUCCUUAAGUAUUAUUGUAGAUAUGUAAAUAGAAGAGGAAUCUUUUAUGUUUUCAUUGUUUUCUAGUCAUUUAUGUAUUGCACUGAAAUAUACAGCACCAAGAAUCACCAGGACCUGAAAAGACCUGUGCAAUGUUCAGAAAUGUGCAAGCUUGCUUUUUGUUGCAAUUGGUUACUGGUCUCUUCCAGAAGUGAGGGUUGGUGUCCUUUACCAUACCAUAUGCCAGCUUUUGUACUCUUUCUCUACUGCUACUCAAGGGUGAUGUUGGGCUGGAGACCUGCUCAUCAUUGUCCAUCAUUUCUAUUCUUCAAGUGAUGAUGGUGAUUUGCAAGUACAGCACUGAUUUACUUCCUAGAGUUAGUUAGGAUUGUCUACAUGGUGAUGGCUCAGUUGUGGCUAAGUCCAGUUUUGAGAUACACUCAGAGAUGUUUGAGUGAUGGGGUAGUCUUGUCUACUUUGCCACUGGGGAUGCUGUGUGUCCCCAUAAUAUUUCCUUUCAGCAGAAAUCCAUAGCUUGUGUUGGCAUUUCUGAGAGCUGUUGUGGGUGAUGAAGAAAUCCUAGGCAUCUUACUGAUGAUGGGUCUGAAUGUGGGUAGUUGUGGUUCUGAGAUAUGAGGUGUCUCAUCUCAGCUCAACCAGUUGAGCUGAGAUAUAUAAUUACUACAUGAACUUGUAUUAUCUGGGCUUGCUGGGAUCACAGCUAUCCUAGUGUGUUUCCCAGCCAUCCCCUUGUGAGGUAAUUGGCUAUAGCCUGAUCAUGCAUCAUCCCACUGAGGAAAUUCUUCAGAAUGAUUGUUAGAAGUUGAGAGAUAUUGCAUAAACAGUAUCAGGAAGAGAGUUUAAAAUAGGCAGUGCUUCAUAUGUAUAAAUAUUGUCCUUGGUGAGUUUUUUUUCAGCACUUUUAAGUAUCAUACAAUAUCCCACAUCAACAUUGUGUACAUACAUCAGUCAUUUAACCCUGUCAUAUAUACUUAUACACAUGUAUAGUUAUAUGCUUUACAAUCUUUAUAUAUUUUCUGUGAUCAUUUAAUAUUAUUUGUGAAAUAAGCCAAAGGUAUGUGUGAAUUAGAUGGUUUUAGUUGGAUGCAAAUGCCUUGUAUGUAUUUAUUUAAUUCAUAUGCUUGUAAAAUUUUGUAACUAUUUGCAUACAAGCUGCACAAUAAUGGAGGAAUCAGAGUAAUGCAUGGUGGUUGAGGCAGCUGUAAUACAAAUCAGUCUGGGUUUGCUUUACACUAAUAUAGUCCAUAAUCUUAAGAACAUCGAGAAUAGAUAGACUGUUAAAGGCCAGUUGAUCUACACAAAGCAGCUCCUGAUUGAGUGGUUCAUUAAAGCGACUUCAACUGUCAGAUUACUGUAAAGGUUUCUGUAUCAUAGCUUUAGUGCAAAUGUUUAAAGGAGAUUACAUAUUAUGUUACAUAUUGAUCUGGUUCAGUUAAUAUUCCUGCAAAGAUACAUGUCUAGUUUGUGUCAUAAUGUCAGAUUUUUCUGUGAAUCAUUAGAAAACAAUUGUUUAGAAUUUGCAAUGUUGAUUAGAUGAUAUUUGGUUGUUUUUCAUAAGACAUUUCUUUCACAGUCUGGUGAUACAGACAGAUAAGUAAUGGAUUUGCUUCAUGGCCUUAGAUUAUUAUUGUCAUUGUUAUUAUUAUUAUUAUUAUUAUUAUUAUUAUUAUUAUUAUAGGUUUAUUUAUUUAUUUAUUUACUUUAUUUUAUUUUUUAUGAAAUUCGAAAGCAUAUAGUAUGUCAUUGGGGCGACCACGCAACACUUAAUACACUAAUCGUGAAUGUGAAUGGAUCAAACAUACAGUAAUGAGCUAAGCUUAAUUAUUCUUAUAUAUGUGACACCUAACAGAAUAAAUGAUGGUAAUAGUA